UGAAAGUGAAAGUGAAGAUACUGGAUAGAGCAGGAGAGAAGGAAACACUGCAGUUUAACACAAUAGAGAGCAGCUCCGUUCUCAACGCUUCUGAUCCAGGUUUGUUAAAGGCUGAGAGCAGACGAGUUAUGGAUGGAGAGGACAGAGAGUUGAGCCUCAGAGAGGACAGUCCGACUGAAGCGACGCCGUCUCCACGCCUCAAUCAGAGACAGAGAGUUCAGCAACAACAAUCAUCAAAAACAGGGGAGGGAUCCACGGUGGAGGAGUCGGUCUCCAUCUCUCCACAGCUGACGAAGUGGAUCAAAGACAACGCCGAAGACCUCAAGAUCCGGCAGGGGGACCGGAGCUGGGCUGCAGGGGUGGUGAACGAUUUCAGAGAGAACCUGCUGAAGUUCCUGAGGAGCAGCAGUGAUCAGCCUUUUUUCCAGACGGCUGAGUUCCUCACCACCGGCAGCUACUUUGAGAAAGUGAAGAUCCACAGCGCUGAUGAGUUCGACAUGAUGCUGAAGCUUCAGGCUCCUUCACGCCUCAUCAUGACGGAGCUGGACCAUGGACUCUUCUACCGGCUCGAUCUAAACCGGGCCACUCGGUCCCCCAUCCAGGCCUUUCUGUUGGAGAAUGAGCGAACCCUCUCAUCAAGCAAGGUCCUGAGUGAGAUGUAUCGCCUGGUCCGCAAGUUCCUCAAGACCUACAAAGUGCCUGACAGUCGAUAUCGCUGGGAGGUGAACAGGAAGCUUCCAUACUCGCCUGCAGUGACGUUGUCUCUGUGCAGAACUGAGGACAACAGUGAAGAGAUAAUCUCUGUGGACGUGGUUCCUGCUCUGGAGGUCCACUCCUCUCAGGGCUGGCCGCUCGCCGUCCGUAACGGUCCAGAUGUGAACGACUGGCUGGGGAAGAAGGUUCGCCAAGAGAUCAAGAGCUUGCCGUGUUACUUUGUACCAAAGAGGCUCAAAGGUCGAAACCAAGGAAACAAGGAGGAAGCUAAAGAGAGCUGGAGGAUUUCUUUCUCUCUCAUUGAGAAGAAAAUCAUCACGUCUCAUGGCAACACCAAAACCUGCUGUGAGAGCAACGCCACCAAGUGCUGCCGUAAGCAGUGCCUGAUGCUCCUCAAAUCCCUGAUCGAGGGUCUGAAGCAACGUUUCCCCAAAGAGCUCGAUGACCUCUGCUCGUACCACGGGAAGACGGUCUUCCUCCACACGCUCUCCAUCAGGUUCAAUGACUCCAUGUGGACUCCUCAACAGCUCCCUGUCUGCUUCCUUCACCUCCUCGGGUGUCUGGAGGACCAUGCACGGAGAGGCUCCCUCCCUCACUUCUUCGUCUCCAAGUGCAACCUCUUCUCCACGAAAGUCUUCCCCCGCAGGGCGCUGGCGUUCCUCGUCAAUGCCCUGGAGGAGCAGAGGAGGCAGAACCUGCCCCUGCUGAAGCCUCCAGCUCCUGAGUCACCACUGAAACCGGUGACUCCUUCCUCUGAGCAGUCGUCUCUGCUGACUGCAGUUCACUCCCUGGACACUGUGUUCAUGAAUAAAAUGGUCGUAGUGUUUGCUGUACCUUUGUUUGCUGUAGCUUUGGCUUGUGCCCUGUUUCUAAUGUGAGUAAUAGGAAAUGAAAAUAUACACUCACUCUUAUAAUGAAAUACAGAAAUUUGGUGAAACCAUAUAAUAAAGUGCAUUUAUCAAUAAACUUCCCCCAUGAAACAGAUGGGUUUUGUGCUUUGGGACAUCUGAGAUGUGACAUAAAAGAGCUAUAGGAGUUUUGUAGAUGUCCGUAAUAGUUUGGUGGACAGGAAUGAUGACUAUUUUAUUUUAUUUUUUAUUUUUGUAUUUUACUUUAUUUUAUUUUAUUUCUAAGUUAUUGGUGACAUUGAUAAACUAACUAAAUCAAAUAUUUCCCAAGGUGAUAAAGAGUUAUAACAAUUUGUAACAUAAAAGGAAAAGGAAUCACCCUUAUACUGACAUUUAGAUAGAUAGAUAGAUAGAUAGAUAGAUAGAUAGAUAGAUAGAUAGAUAGAUAGAUAGAUAGAUAGAUAGAUAGAUAGAUAGAUAGUGUCUUGAUAAUGUAUCUUAUG